AUGGCCUCCCAAUAUCAAGUCCCUAGUACGCCGCGAGUAAUUUCUCCCUCGCCGACACCUAGCGAAACGAGCGGAAGAGAUGGCUAUUUCCCUCCCACAACACGAUCGAAGACGCAACGCUUGAGCUCCGUCGAUCCCAUAGACGAGUCACACGAAGAGAACGAUCCAGAGCUUUCUCGCGCGAGGAGCAGAAGCAGAAGUCCGCAGAUAGAACGAAGGCCGACGAGAAUGACAGCAAAUGGUGGGGUCUCAUCUGGCGUAAAACCAUUGAUACCAGCGCCGACUGCCGCGGAGCCGACAAGGCGGAGGACAGAUGAUGCAGCACUUUCAAAUGGAACACCUUCAAACGGGGCACCCAAGGGCGAGGCAAAUGGAUUCUUAUCGCCGGCGAGUGCAUAUCCUCAGAGCUUGGGGUCUUCUUACUGGCGCAACUUAAGCCGAAGCCCGAGCCCACUGGGACUGAUUCCGAUCCAUCGAGAAUGGCGAGCAUUCAUACACAAGCACGAGGUCCCGCGAAAGGUGCUGCACGUCAGCAUAGGAUUCGUCACGCUCUGGCUAUACUACGAAGGGGCGCAAACAAGCCAGAUUCAUCCCGUCCUACUGAGUCUCCUGAUACCCAUCCUUUCCGUGGAUCUGAUACGUUUCAAAUGGCCAGAGUUCAACAGGCUGUACAUAAAGGUUCUGGGGCCUUUCAUGCGGGAAAGUGAAGCACACGACCGAUUCAACGGCGUCAUCAGCUACCUUGCUGGACUGUGGGCAACUAUGUAUUUCUGCAGAAAGGACGUGGCUGUCAUCAGCGUGCUGCUGCUCUCUUGGUGUGAUACGGCAGCCAGCACAUUCGGAAGACUGUGGGGCAAGUAUACACCAAGGAUCCGGAGAGGCAAGAGUUUGGCAGGGUCUAUUGCGGCCUUCGUUUUUGGAGUAGCAAGUGCAGUGCUCUUCUGGGGAGUGGUUGCGCCGGCCGCCUCCAAGGAGUUGAACCAGGGAGAAAACAGCUUCGCCUUCGAUGGAAUUCUUACACUGCCCUCACAGGCAAGACAGUACUUGGGUUGGAGUAGAAAGGACGCGAGUGUUUCAGGGCAUACGGCUUUGGCAGUGAUUUCGGUUGUGUCGGGUUUCGUGGCGAGUGCAAGCGAAGCGGUCGACAUAUUCGGACUGGAUGACAACUUGACGAUACCUGUGUUAUGCGGAAUGGGUUUGGGCGCCUUUCUGUGGGCCUUUGGCGGCAGUUGA